AUGCGCAGGGGCUUCGCGGAUUUCUUGUACACCAUGUUGACUGAUGUUGGGAUUAGCGUCUUUAGAGAUGAGGAAGAGCUGGAGAGAGGCGAAGAAACCUUCCCCCGGCCGAUCCAGGUGAUAGAGCAGUGCAAGAUAUCAAUACCCAUCAUCUCCAAGGAGUAUGCGUCCAGCGAGAGCUGUCUCCUGGAAUUGGAGCAAAUGGUGGAGUGCAUGGACAAUAAGAAUCGCAUCAUCAUCCCCAUCUUCUACUAUAUCGACCCGUCGGACGUACGCAACUGCAGCGGCCCUUUUGAGAGGGCCUUGGAUGAGCACGAAAAGCAGAACUGUAUCCCUCCUCUCCAUCGGAUCGGAGAGUUGGAGGGACACCAUCUCCACGAAAAAAGUGAAGUGUCUCAUGGCGGAGUCGUAAGGCAAAUUGUCUGCCAAGUUGAGCAGAUGCUGAAGAAGCAGGACCUAGUUGUGCCGAAACAAUUAGUUAGAGUCGACUCUCAUGUGCAAGGCAUAAUGGCUAAGCUGAAGGUUGACUACCGCAAUGGGCAAGCGGUUAAAAUUGGGGACUCAAGUGUAACGGUGUUAGGAAUAUUUGGCAUCCCCGGGGUGGGUAAGACGGUUCUGGCCAAAUAUGUUUAUAAUCAACUUUAUCAUCUGUUCGAUGCCUGUAGCUUUCUUGGGGAGAUCCAAGCUGAAAUUGAUCAUCACGGCAUCUUGUCUGUUCAGAACAAUCUAAUUUCUGACCUUGAUAAAGGAAAUGCCAAAAAGUCUGAUUCUUCUGAGAAAGCUCUGCUUCAUAUUCGGAAAAACUUUUGCACCGUGAAGGUCCUCGUUCUCCUUGACGAUGUGACUAAUCAUGAACAGCUCAGUGCAUUAGUCGGAAAGCUUGAUUGGCUUGGCCCAGGGAGCAGGGUCAUUCUAACAUCGCAAACACAAGACGUCCUGAUAAACAUCAAUGGUGCAGAAAUUUUUGUCCUUGAACCAAUGAAGCAAGAUGAAGCUCUGAAAUUGUUCCAUAGGCAUGCUUUUGGAACGGAUUCUCCCCAUGAGGAUUACAACAAACUGUCAACAGAUAUUGUUGCAGCUACUGGCCGGCUUCCUUUAGCACUCGAAGUGACAGGUUCAUCUCUGUUUCUUGUAAAAUCAAAGAAAGCGUGGAGGGAAACAUUGACUGCAUUGGAAGUUGCUCCUCACAAGAGAGUCCGAGAAGCCUUGGAGAAGAGCUACAACAACCUAGAUGAGAGUGCACAGCAGAUAUUUAUUGAUAUAGCAUGCUUCUCUAAUGGAAUGGACGAGAGAAUCCCCCAUAACAUGUGGGGUGUCGAUAAUGAUUUUCCUUCUACAUCAAUUCAAGCUCUUCAAGCAAGGUGUUUUGUUGAAAUUGGAGAGGAUAAAAAACUACUCAUGCAUGAAAUACUGAAGAAGUUUGGCCAGGAAAUUGUCAAGAAUGAAAACCGCAAUGAACCUUUUAAGCGCAGUUGGCUGUGCAAUCGCAAAGAUGCACCGCUACUGAAAAGAAGGAAGGGUACUGAGAAAGUCAAAGCCCUCCGGCUCAAUUUUGGUGAUGGAUCCGAAGGGAAUACCAUUUUUAAAUAUGAUCAACCUGUUAGCUUACCAUACUUGACGUGCCUCAAGCUGGAUCGGGCUAAUAACCAGGGAAGCUUUAAUGUUCUUCUUCCGGAAUUAAGGUGGCUUUCUUGGUGUGCACGGCCCGAGGUUUUUUACAAUCAAUCGCCAGACAGUCGGGUUCACGAAGACUGGGGUGGUUGGAAGUUUUCUGAGGAGGGGUGCAGUUUCCUCUAUAAAUUGCCAGAUUGGGGUCCCAUGAGAGGCUUGGAAGAGCUGCUGAUCGAUGGAACUUCCAUUUCACGGAUUAGUUUCCCCAAAGAUUCCAUGAUGAAGCUCAAAAUUUUCAGUGCUCGAAAUUGUAAAAACCUGACUGAAAUAUCCGAUUCAGUCGGGUACUUGCAGUCCCUCGUAUAUCUAGCUCUAGAUGGCACUGCAAUCCACACCCUCCCGAUGUCCAUUGGAUUGCUGAAGAAACUGAACACGCUAUCUUUGAAGAACUGUCGAAGGCUAUUCAAUCUUCCAGAUGGAAUAGGGAACCUCAAGUCAUUGCAAUCCCUGGAAUUAUCUCACACUGCGAUUCAGGAGUUACCUCCGUCAGUCAAGGAUUUGAAAGCCAUGAAACUGCUUAGGAUGAGGGAUACUCUCAUACGGAAGUUUCCUGAAGCUAUACUGAAUUUGGAGCAGCUGGAAGAGAUAGAUUUCUCGUUAUGCCCAAUUUUAGAGGGGGAAUCCCGACGGCAUUUCGAGAUUGUCGUCUUUGGCAAUCCUGAGACUGACCUGCACUGGGAUUUCUGGCCUACCUCCAAGUUUUCACCGCCUUUCUCAUCUCCAGGAACUCGACAUAGCGGGAUGCGAUAA